AUGAGCAAGGAGCUAGCAGCAAUGGAGCCUGGAGAUUCAGUGGAUGUAGCCAGUGCUGAGACAGCACCACACUCAGCCCUGGGCUCUGGAGUCGGCCUGCAUGCCUAUGACAUCGUGGUGGUGGUCAUCUACUUUGUCUUCGUCCUUGCUGUGGGAAUCUGGUCGUCUGUCCGUGCAAGCCGAGGGACCAUCGGUGGCUAUUUCCUGGCUGGAAGAUCCAUGACCUGGUGGCCAAUUGGAGCAUCUCUGAUGUCAAGCAAUGUGGGCAGUGGCUUAUUCAUUGGCCUGGCUGGGACAGGGGCUGCUGGAGGCCUUGCUGUGGGCGGCUUCGAGUGGAAUGCAACAUGGCUGCUCGUGGCCCUGGGCUGGAUCUUCGUCCCUGUGUACAUUGCAGCGGGUGUGGUCACCAUGCCACAGUACCUGAAGAAACGGUUUGGAGGCCAGAGGAUCCAGGUGUACAUGUCGGUCCUGUCUCUCAUUCUCUACAUCUUCACCAAGAUUUCGACUGAUAUCUUCUCUGGAGCCAUCUUCAUCCAGAUGUCCUUAGGCUGGAACCUCUAUCUCUCCACGGUGAUCUUGCUAAUGGUGACAGCUGUCUACACCAUCGCAGGAGGACUCGCUGCUGUGAUCUACACUGAUGCUCUACAAACUGUGAUCAUGGUAGGAGGCGCUCUAGUCCUCAUGUUCCUGGGCUUUAAGGAGGUGGGCUGGUACCCAGGCCUACAGCAACUAUAUAAGCAGGCCAUUCCCAAUGUCACAGUUCCCAACACCACCUGUCAUCUCCCACGGUCCGAUGCCUUUCACAUGCUCCGUGACCCUGUGAAUGGGGACAUUCCUUGGCCAGGUCUCAUUUUUGGGCUCACAGUUCUGGCCACCUGGUGUUGGUGCACAGAUCAGGUGAUUGUACAGAGGUCUCUCUCCGCCAAGAGUCUUUCCCACGCCAAGGGGGGCUCAGUACUGGGCGGCUACCUAAAGAUCUUCCCGAUGUUCUUCAUUGUCAUGCCUGGCAUGAUCAGCCGGGCUCUGUACCCAGAUGAAGUUGCCUGCGUAGACCCUGACAUCUGUCAAAGAGUGUGUGGCGCCAGAGUGGGAUGCUCUAACAUUGCUUACCCAAAGCUGGUCAUGGCACUCAUGCCUAUGGGUCUGCGAGGCCUGAUGAUCGCUGUGAUCAUGGCUGCCCUGAUGAGCUCACUCACCUCCAUCUUCAACAGCAGCAGCACCCUGUUUGCCAUAGACGUGUGGCAGCGCUUCCGCAGGCGGGCAACUGAGCAAGAGUUGAUGGUGGUAGGCAGGUUGUUCAUAGUCUUCCUGGUAGUCAUCAGCAUCCUCUGGAUCCCCAUCAUCCAGAGCUCCAACAGUGGGCAGCUCUUUGACUACAUCCAGUCUAUCACCAGCUACCUAGCCCCACCCAUCACGGCCCUCUUCUUGCUGGCCAUUUUCAGCAAGAGGAUCACUGAGCCUGGUGCCUUCUGGGGCCUCAUGUUUGGCCUGGCAGUGGGAAUCGUGCGCAUGGCUCUGGAGUUCUCAUACCCUGCCCCAGCCUGUGGGGAGGCAGACAGGAGGCCGGCUGUUCUGAAGGACUUCCACUACCUGUACUUUGCCCUCCUCCUCUGUGGACUUACUGCCAUCAUCAUUGUCAUAAUCAGCUUCUACACAGAGCCCAUCCCUGAUGAAAAGCUUGCUCGCCUGACCUGGUGGACAAGAAACUGUCCCUUACCUGAGCCGGAGAAGGAAGCUUCUGUGAGUGGGCAUGAGACAGAGUGGGAAAACACUCCAGGACUGGCAGAGAGGCCAGAUGCGGAGGGCCCAGCAGGAGACGGGGAAAAAGCAAACAGUGCCCAGGCGUCUGAUCAAUCAAGAGCCCUACAUAGGUCCUUGGGGAAAUGGCUAUGGAACUGGUUCUGUGGACUCUCUGGGGCUCCACAGCAAGCCCUGAGCUCAGCGGAAAAGGCUGCAUUGGAGCAGAAGCUGACCAGCAUCGAGGAGGAGCCGCUCUGGAGACGUGUCUGCAACCUCAACGCUAUCAUCCUGCUGGCCAUCAACAUCUUUCUCUGGGGCUAUUUUGCGUGA